CGCAUCCGGUCGUUUAUCCGGACAUUUUCAUUUUAUCGGAUAGGUGGUCACCACAAUUUGACUGGGACGAUGGACGCGGCGAGUUUGGAAGCGGCGAUUGUGUCCAAGGGGAAUGAGAUUCGAGAGCUCAAGGCGGCCAAAGCGGACGUGACUGCGCAAGUGGCUGAGCUGAAGAAGCUCAAGACGGACUAUAAGAUCGUCGCGGGCCAUGAAUAUGGUGCGUCGGCGGCCGCACCUGCUGCCGCCCCCAAGGAAAAGCAGUUGACGAAGAAGGAAUUGCGCAUCUUGGAAAAGCAAAAGGCUGCGGAAGCGGCGGCUGCCUCCAAGGCCGACACUGCGGAUCCGUCCAAGUUUGGUGAUGCUCCGUUGGUACAAUCCCGCGACCUUCCCACCAAAAAGUUUGUCGAUGUUGCCACGAUCGACGAGACGUUGGACGGACAGUCCUUUUGGGUGCGUGGCUACCUGCAAAACUGCCGCGCCAAGCCGAAAAUCGCCUUCUUAAUCGUGCGUCAAGGCGCAUUUACGAUCCAAGCCGUUGUGUCUGAAAGCGCCGACGUGCCCAAGGCACUCAUCAAGUAUGCCGAUGACAUCCCGCGUGAAUCCGUCAUCGAUUUGUACGUGACGGUCAAGUUGCCCGCCAACCCGAUCACCGGCACGACUCAGCACAACGCCGAGCUCUCUGUCGCCAAGAUCUUCACCAUCAGCAAGGCCCUUCCCGUGCUCCCGCUGCAGGUCGAAGAUGCCGCGCGCUCCGAUACGCUCGUCUUUGCCGAAGGCUCCGACUACGUCGAAGUCGGGUUAGACACUCGUCUGGACAACCGAGUGUUGGACCUCCGCACGCCGGCCAACCAAGCCAUCAUGCGCAUCCAGUCUGGCGUCGGGCAGCUCUUCCGCGAAUUCUUGUAUAGCAAGGGCUUUGUCGAGAUCCACACGCCCAAGUUGCUCGGAGGCGCCAGCGAAGGCGGCGCCAAUUGCUUCUCAUUUGGGUACUUUGGCGAAUCCGCGGUCUUGGCGCAGUCACCGCAAUUGCACAAGCAAAUGGCGUGUGCGUGUGCCGGGCUCGAAAAGGUGUUUGAAAUCGGCCCGGUGUUUCGCGCCGAGAACUCGCUGACCGCCCGCCACCUGUGCGAGUUUACGGGCUUGGAUCUCGAAAUGGCGAUCAAGGAGCACUACUCGGAGUGCUUGGAUGUGUUUUCCGAGCUCUUCAUCUACGUGUUCGACAACCUGAACGCGCGCUUCAAGCGCGAGCUGGACAUUAUCAAUGAGCAGCAUCCGUUUGAACCGCUCAAGUACUUGAACCCGACGCUCGUGCUCAAGUUUGACGAAGCCGUGGCGAUGCUCCAGGAAGCCGGGAUCGACCAAGAUCUGCUCGAAGAUUUGAGCACGCCCAACGAAAAGGCGCUCGGUGCCCUCGUCAAGGAAAAGUACGGCACGGACUUUUACUUUCUGGACAAGUUCCCCUUGGCUGUGCGCCCGUUCUACACGAUGCCCGACCCGAAAGAUGAGGUGCGCACCGCGAUCAUGACGGAACCGAGAAAGGGGAUCGCAUGCAAUGAAUGUAGAGAUGGAGUAACUCGUACGAUUUCAUGAUUCGCGGCCAAGAAAUCCUCAGUGGUGCGCAGCGUGUGCACGACCCAGCGCUCCUUGUCAAGCGCAUGGAAUCUCUCGGCGUUGCGGAGAAGGACCUGCAGACGUACGUCGAUGCGUUCAAGUUUGGCGCGUUGCCUCAUGCAGGCGGCGGGGUCGGUCUUGAGCGAGUCGUCAUGCUCUUCUUGGGCCUCGGCAACAUUCGCAAGGCGUCCAUGUUUCCCCGUGACCCGGUACGUGCGACUUCGACGCACCAUUUCUGCCAAGUCUCAUCGUGGCUGUGUGCAGAAACGCUUGCGUCCGUAAGCCAGCGCGCCAACCGCACGGCCGGCACCGAUCACGCAGUAGGGAUAUGCUUAAAUACAGUGCUAGCUUUCUCCAGGCCCCGUUGCUUCCAUGCGCCACGCGCUCCAUCA